AUGAAGCGCGUCGGGGGAUGGCUAUCCUCCAAGACCAGUCUCCCGGCCACCAAGAGCCUGACUGCUCUCGACGAGCCCGCAGCUCUGCAGGAUGCCCUCAAAUCCGCCGCCUUGAUCAUGAACGAUGAGAACGAACGCGCCGAGAAUGAGUUAUCCAAGGGCACUUCCCCCUUCCACAAGCUCGGGCGGGCGACGACGUUCUUCCUCAGGGCGACGCUGGGAUUCGAGAAAGAGAUGAUGGAACAGACCUCUUCGUGUCUCUCAGAAGCCGAGGAAUCCGCCAGCGAGCACCACCGACGAGCGACACGAGACCCUACGACUGCACACCAGAGCAAGAUAUACCCUACAGGAUCAGAAUAUGCGCUUUGUCAGGCCGAGACGCAGCUCAUGUCUGCGGUCAUCGGCGUGCUCAAUGAGAGUCUGACAGAGAGUCUGCGAGGGUUCUACAAGCUGCGAAGAGCAUUCGCGACGCUGCAUGCGAUCGUGGAGGCGGAGAAUCGAUAUCUGGACAAGCACUUCUCGACUUCGAGCAGUUCAAGAGCGAGCACGGCUACGGAGAAGAGCAAGAGCAAGAGACCGUAUGGACCUGAGGAGGCUUCAGCAGCGAGUUCGGGAGUCAUGACUCCUACCGGCUCGGGCGACGAGGAGGACCUCAAUUUCAAGGAUGCAGAAGAAGGGCUGGGGAAUCAGCCUACACCGGUGGAAUACCAGGGACACAUAGACCUGCCAGUCGAGAGCCUGAGCAUAAACGGCAGCACCAAAGGAAGCCGGAACAGCAAAAGUUCUGUCGAAAUGCCGCCUGCAUACGCAUCCAGCAUAUCCAAGGGAGCAGCUGGCAAGCACGACGAUUUGGACUUCACCGCUGACGUCUCCAAUGACCCCAUCGAUGUGUACAUCCACUCAGGGAUCUCCCUCUGCUAUGGUCUUUUGCAGCUCAUCCUCUCCAUGGUACCUCCAGCUUUCUCCAGGAUCCUGUCCAUCCUCUCUUUCCGCGGCGACAGAGAGAAUGGGCUGCGCUUGUUAUGGCGAGCGACGGCCUUUAAAGAUAACAUCAAUGGAGCCCUCGCCAGCGCUAUCACCUUAGGUUUCCACAACGCGGCCGUCGCUCUCUGCGAUAUCCACAGCAGAGAGUCGUACCCAAAAGAAAGACUGACUGUCCUCCUCCAGGAUAUCCGCAAGCUCUACCCUCAAUCCGUCAUGUGGGUAUUGGAAGAAGCGCGCAUGGCCAUGGCAGGUCGAGAUCUCGAAAGAGGCGCGGACAUCUUGAUCAACAAUCCUCUCAAAUCGCCCCUCAAACAAGUCGAAGCCCUCCGUCUCUUCGAAACGAGCACAGCGCUCAUGUGCCUGCACCGCUACGAAGAAUGCGCCAACUGCUUCAUCAAAUGCGUCGACAUGAACAGCUGGAGCCCGGGCCUCUACCUCUACAUCGCAGGCGCCUGCCACGUUGAGCUCUACCGCCAAUACACCCUCCAAGAAAACCCGGAGAAAGCCUCCGCACACAAGAAGAAAGCCACCGACCUCCUCAACAGCGUCACCCAGCACGCUGGCAAAAAACGCCUCAUGGCCCGCCAACUGCCCCUCGACGUCUUCAUCGUCCGCAAACUCGCCAAAUGGACCGCCCGCGCCAAAGCCUCCUCCCCCACCACCGACCUCGUCGACGCCAUCGGCGUCAGCCCCCUCGAAGAAAUGAUCUACUUCUGGUCCGGCUUCCGCCGCAUGCGCCCCGAACACGUCCAUCUCUCCCUCGCCUGCCUCGCGUGGUCCGAGACCCAGCACGCGCAAGCAGAACCCCCUGAACCCAUCGACGAACGCGCCAUCCUCGCCCUCCUCACCGCCACCUGCCUCCGCACGCUCAACCGCCUCGCCGAAGCGCAAGCCACCCUCACCGAGAAGGUCUACUGCUACGACUGGCACGCCCUCAAGGCCUGUCCGCACGCGGAUAACUGGCCUCUGCCGGUCGCGCAUUAUGAGCAUGCGGUGUGUUUGUGGCAGGAGGCGGGCGGGCAGGAUGGGGAGAGGGAGGUGUUGAGACGGUGUAGUGAGGAGUUGGGGAGGGUGGAGAGGUGGGAGAGUUUUGAUUUGGAUGCGAGGAUUGGGUUGAAGAUUACGACGGCGAGGGAGACGUUGAGGAGGGCUGGGGUUUGA